UUUCAGAAAUUAUAGCCCUACUUACCGAAUCAAAUGUAUGUGUCUGAGCAAGUGUUGUUUAAAUUUAUCGUUCACUUUCAAAAGAUAUGAAAUGGAAUUUUCAUCCCAUAAAGCUUCCAUUUUUCAUUUUAAUUCUUUUACAAGGCAGAAAUCGAUGGGACUUGUCUGCCAAAUGGUCCUUCAAAACACGAUAUCAAGAAAGUUUUGAACAAUAUUUUCACCAAAAUAUUCAAGGAUGUAAAUUGGAUAGAAAAGCUGGAGUCAAUGAGCGGUAUUGAAAAGAUGGAUUAUCACUACCUCGAAUUACCUACUGAAAACUCCUUCUCAAUGUUCGGAGAUAAAGUUGUCGUUAAACUCGGUGUAGAGACAAUAAUACCGUCGUAUAUUAAAAUCAGAUGGGAUUUCUUGAAAAAUCAGUUGAACAUGAGCCAUGAUAAAAUGACGUUUUUCAUCUACGGAGAGGUGAAGGAAAAGCCAAAUUCAGACAAUACACUUUACAUAGUCAGAGCAACUUCCUUAACACUGAAGAAUUAUUCAAUCAAUGCUGAAAAAUUGUCAACAAAUCAAGAAAGCGAUGAAAAAAUUCGAAUUGACUUAUCGUAUGAUCAUGUAACGAACGAAAUGGGAAUCAGCGAAAGUAAUUUAAGAGGCACUAAGUUGUCUUACGAAGAGCAAUUGGAACUGAUACAUAUACUUAGCUUAUCAUUUGAAUCAGCUUUACGCGAUGCUAUCAUCAACAGAACUGAUUUUGUUGAUCUUCUGAAUACCAUGUUUAAUGUGAAUCCGAGGCAAAUAAUCACCUCAGUCGAUCCUGAUUUUCCACUCAAUCCACACAACUAUUACUAUUUGAUACCUGAGAUGCCCAUAAUUCAUACCAGUUUUAAAAAUAUUAAAAUUAUUGGAAUGUGGGAUUUCGAACCGUUCUACUUUGAUGAGGAAACCGCUACCAAUACCAAUUUCACAUUGAUCACGAAGAAUAUUCGAGGAAACAUGAAUUUAGACACCGGAUUUGAACAAUGGCCGCAGUUUGGACUGAAUUUCACUAUUGAUGAGCUUUCCAUAAGAGCUGAAAAUAAUACCAAAAGUAUACGCAGCAUUUUUGAAGAAAUUUCAGAAUCUUCGAGAACGAUAUCUUCGUGGUUAGCCGAAUUCUCAACGUUUAUAAUCGAACUUUUGGAAUCAGCCAUUGAAUCAUCAAUAAUGCCAGGUAUGAAAAAUAAAUGCCGAUCAAGUUUUUCUCCAUUAAGUAUACGCGAAAUGGAAACAGCAUUAAUUGAACUUUUGAAAACGUUCCCAAAAACCGUUUCAUAAAAAUUAUCCAAUGUGUACGAAUUGGGAAAAUUCUGAUUCUGCCUUUCAUCUAUUUUUCAGUUUCCAUUUUUGAGAAAUUUAUUUAAAAUGAAAAUCAUGAUUUUUCUUUGUUAUAAGUUCUUAUAAUUUCUCUGUAAAAUUAAUUUUGUAGUAAAAAAAAAAAAAAAAAAAAAAAAAUA